UGCUGCUGCUGGAGCUGGAGAGAGGCUGUGUGGAAGUGGUUUUAUGUUGAAUGUAUACUGACUACUAUACUACAGCCAAGUCAGUCAGUCGGCUCAGCACCGGCCUCAAUGCUGUAUCGUGAUUUAACAAAUUUAUCGCUCGAUUUCUCAUUUCAUUGAUCGAUGGGAUUUUUCACCUGACUUAAAAUUAGAUAUUUAUAUUUUGUUACGUCAAAUUUUGUGCAUUUUAUUUUGUGGCAGUGUUUAGGAUUAACAUCAACAAAAAAAAAAAAAAAAUCUUUCAACAGAUUAUUAAAUAGAAUGAAGAUAUAACGGGAACAUCCUCAGUACUCCAGGAUAACAACAAUGUCGGCGCAAUGCAGACACUUUGUGCAAAAUGCUUGGAAAAAGGAGCUUUGUUCAAAUUGCUUUAAACCGCGAGAAGAACAUCUCGAGUCAUCUGAUACUUCAAAGCCACUCAUUAAAACCCCUCUUAGUGCCUUCAACAGUAACCUCAAAGUGCAGGGCAUUCUAAGGAUUAAAGAACAACACUGUCAGGUGAAGCUGAAGAAGCGGAACGUUGGAUUUCAGGAAUCACUUGUCGAAGUCAUUGGAUAUGGAGGUGAUGAUUUCUCCGAUCUCGAUGACGAUGAUAAUCAAGAUCUCGACAGUAAUGAAUCCUCCACUUAUGAAGAUAACCUUCCCGAUAGCGAGGAAGAACGUGCCCUCGGUAAUUUGACCCGUGCCAAUACUAAUUUCAAUACUGUCACUGCAAAUCUAACGGAAUCUGUAACACCCGAUGUCAAGGCUCCCAAGACAUUUGCAUCCUUAAUGCUCGGAAAAGUUCAAAAAGAUGCCGAUGGCAAAAAGAAAACACUUUUGGUAUCGGUGACGCCAUUUGGAGGCGAUGACAGUCUACCAACAGCAAAAAGGCCAAGCGACAAUAAGAAAAUAAAUAACGAAUACUCAAGACCCAAAACACUCGAUAUCAUCGCCAAAAAUGAAAAGACUGAAGUCAUUGUCAAAAGUAUUAAGAAAUUAGUUGAAAAUGAAAAUUCCGAGAAACGUCAACCCGAAUCUCCAAAUCUUGAAAAAAUUGUCGAUAUGCCUUUAAUAACAUCCGCUAAUUUAGUAUCCGUUAUUCAAAAUGAAAAUCUCGAAACACCAAUUCCAAUUGUCCAAAAACAAGACAAAAAAAUAAGUAUCGCAAGAACUCCAGCUAUCAAAAAAUCCGAAAAUGAAAAACCCAGAAUAUCAUCAAUAAACAAUAAAGGAGAGUAUGCAAUAACAAAAAUAACAAAACGCACCGAUAUCAUGAAUACCGAGAAUCGUAAAAAUGGUGUCUACAAUUCGGGUAUUGAAUUAACAUUAACACCAUUGAAGAAAGAAAUUGAGGAAAAUUUGAUUUUAAAAGGAAAGAAUGUGAAUAAAAUUUCCGUUCCAGCUGCUGAGGAAAAAAAAGAGGAAUUUUUAGAGGAACGAAAAAUUGAGGGUGAAUCGAUAACAAAAAAAUUUACCAUCAAAGAAAGUCGUGAAUCUGCUGGUGAACCUGAUGGUAAAGCCGAUGAGGAUAUACUGGAACCACCAGCAUUACCAAAAAAUCCUCCACCUCUUGAGACAAAACUAAAAUGUAAUCUUCAAAACGAAUCCUCAAUACUCACAAUUGCUGAACCAAGAUCUUCAUUUUUACACGGUGAAUCAAAAAUUCGACCAGUUGUUCCUCAGAAACCUGUACCUCAAAAAAGUCCCACUUUCUCCAAUACAAAACCCACACUCUCUACUUUUGCUGUCACAAAUCGUACUAAUUCCACAGAGGAUCAAAUUACCCGCAACUCUUACUUUAAUUCAUCAAUCCUAUCAAAUGCUGAAAGCAAAUCACAAUCCAUCAGACCACCUCAAGUUCAAUCGUGCCAAAAUAGUUCAGAAAUUCAAAACAAAAGUCCUAAAGAAAAUCCAAAACACAAGGAAAAUUGUCCACCACGCCCUAAACCACCGUCAAUAUUUUUAUCCAAAUCACUAAUACAAAAUGAAGAAGAUCUCGAUGAUGAUGACAAUAAUGAACAUUCCGAAGCAAUUCGUUCAUCGAAUAAAAGACGAAUGGCACCAAAACCACCGUCAACGCCAACUGAUGAUACGCCAAGUUCUCUAUUUGCUCGUAAUCCAACAACUGUUUUAAAAUCAGAUUCGCCAGUUGUUCGUGAAAUGGAAAAAAGAGAAAGAGCAUCAUCAUGUAGUCCUAAAUUUCGAAAAGCAAUUUCUGUUUCUGAAACACCAGAUCCAUUAGAUCGAGCACCAGAACCAGCGCCAAGGAAAAAUAUUUCCCUCUCACAGGAUAGUCUUGCAAAUCCUGAGAGAAUUGAGGAGAAAAAAAAGAGUCGAUCUCGAUUUUCGUUAAAGAAAUUUCUUCGAAUGGGUUCAAGAAAGGAUGUUGACAUGACAUGUGGUUAUGGCUCGAGAAUGGAUGAAAUUCCAUCGACACCACAACCAAAACCAAGAUUAGAAAUUAUUCAUCCUUUGGAACUUGAUGGUGCUGCUGUACAAGUUCUUGGGAAUGAGGGAAAUUGCAGAAUCAGCGAGGAUGUUACUGAUUCAAGAAGUAAUUCAUCUUUGACAUCUAAUUCACCGAUUACUAAUGGAAUUCUACAUGUGAGACCCGGAAAACCUCCACCACCGCCAAGGAAUCAGUCACUGGAUGAUUGGUCCAGACUGGAUCCUGCUAAUAAGCCGGCUAGACCACCUCCCCCCCGAACUGACACAAAAUUACCACCGAGGGGAGAGAAACCACCACCUAAAACUUGGCAAUCAACAUCCAAUUCACCUUCGACGUCUGACUCAAUUUACGCGAAUUUGGCAGCGGAGGAUGUUACAGGUGAAAUUCGAAGUUCUUUGGUACCAUCCAAGCCUCAGCGAACAGCCAGCAUGAGGGACCAGACGAUUUCUCAACCUCCCGUGCAAAAAGCCGUUCACAAUCAAAAUCAGGACUACGAGAAUGUCGAAACCAAUUCUCCAGCAUCAAAUUCGCCGGCUUCGAGCGAGAGUCAGGUUUAUGAAUGCUUAUCAAGUUCUCCGGAAUGUGAUUCGAGUCUUGAAUUACGCCAUGGGAACGGAAAUCAUGCAACUGCUAAAAGAAAAUCCGACAGCAGUGCUUUAGAGUCAAAUGUAGAGUUCAAGUACCAUCAGCCAACGUUCACCAGGUCAACUUCCCUACCAUAUUGUGGUAGCGAAACCGAAAGUGAACUCUACGCUCCCUAUAGCUUCUACACCAAUGACGAGGGUCCAGAAGAUGAUCAGGAUUGGAAAAACAAGGAUGAUGAAUCGAGAGUUAGUCGUCUAAGACAAAGAAGAGGUCGAAGUAUUGUUCAUCGAAGUUUGGAGGAUAAUUAUGGUGCAGUUGUUGUUGCCAACCAUGAAGCAUUGGCGCAAUUUUUGGAACAUUUAAAUUUAGUUUCACCCUUAUCCCUUGGACUGCGAGGAUUGAAGAAUGCAAAUCUACGAUUUAAUGAUUUCACUUUAGAAUCUACUUCGUCUGUUAUUAUUGGAAAGAGAAUAUUUUAUUCAGCAACGUGGAACGAUCAGAAUGUCACUAUUUGCAUAGCUUUCAAUCCAACUAUGCACGUUUCAAGAAAGGAUUUCUAUCUAGCACCUAUAGUCGAAUUUAUAGAUGCUGUGCCACAGGAAAUUUCUGAAAAGAUGGGUUACAAUGGGCGGAAAACAAUUGAAGCUACAAUUUCGAUAUUGCCUCGCCUACAAGUGAACACUAUUCAAUCUUUCGGCGCAAUGACAAAAGAUAUCAUUGACGAAGGUACAACGAAAGAUUCCUUCUUUGUCUUGUUGCAAUUCGUAAACGCGUUGAAAAAUCUUCAGGCACGUGGUAUCGAAGAAUCACCCAAGAAUUUGAGCAAUGUCGUGCUUUGUCGAGAAGAUAAGGACGCUUGUUACAGGAUUUAUCUGCUUCAAGGAUUAAACGUUGAUAGCGGUGAAGAAUGUGAAGAGAAAAUGGCUUCGUUGUGCCAAUGUGCCCUUCUUGCACUGCAGGAAUUGCAUCUCACUAAUAAACUGCCUCUUGUUAGGGAGUUACUCACAAAGGAGAAGGCAGAAACUCUGUCACAGGUAAAAUCACUACUUGAAUUUUCGUUAUGGGGGCCAGCUGACGUAACUCUUGGCGGACCACGAGAAAGAGAAACUGCUCUUCAAAGAUGGUUGGACCUCGAGAGAGCAACAGUUCUUCACGCUUUAGUGAGGACAAGAGCUCCUCUAACAGUAACGGAUGAAUACCAUCUUUUCUUCCUUGUUCACACAACAUCAAAAACUAUGUGCGAGGCAUCCAUACAUCUUGAUAAGCAACGAAACGGCUUAAUGCGAACCAAUUAAUUAUAAUAUAUAAAAAAAAAAAAAAUUCACAGCGCACUCAUCACUAUCAAAAUAAUUACAUUUUGCUCAAAAUAAUAAUGUCAAAUCUAGAUUGUUAUUAUUAUACAUUCGUUAAUAUAUUAAUAGUAUUGUAAAAAAACUAUUUAAGAAAAAUGAAAUAUUAGGGUGAA